GAAAACGUCAGAGAGACACCUGGAAAUCAACGUCAUUGCUCGGUCUGUGAGCAGAGGGCUUCCUGGAUGGAUUUGCCAUUAAUGACUGAUGGCAGGAGACAUGUGGGGAGUUGGGGUGAGCAGUCAGUUCUGGGCAAGAAGAGCAGCGUGUGGGCCCUUUUCUGAUCAAGAAGGAAGGUGACUGGCUGCUCAAGGCAGUGCUGUCUUCAAGCUGUGUGGAGUAAGUGCCUUCUUCGUCAGAGGGGCUAUUUCAUGUUUAAAGCCGUGGAGGAGAUUAUCGUUAACACACCUGGAAGCAGUUUUGGAACUUCACCAUGAGAGAAUGUUUGGGGAACUCUGCAGGCAUCUUCUGGUUGAAAUAAAUAUUCAUGUGUGUCCAGCAAAUGCCCAAUGUCUAUCAUAUUUAACCCUAUACGGCAGAGACAGUAAAUGUCCUGAGUCCUCACAUUUUCUUGGGUAAUAGGUAAAUGCAAAAGGAAUUGGCCUGUGGCAUUGAAGGAGAACCUAAAGCACAAACCACCGAGGGCCUUGCUGAAUGCAACUGUGACCGAUGUCUGUGGAAUGCCGGUGACAGGGCUGAUCGCCAUAGAACUAGUCAAGCUGACCAUUCUAGGCAUUGAUCUUCAAGAGCUUUGAGGCCCACACUGAGGAGCUCUGGGCUUCCAGUAGGAUUGCCGCCCCCUCUGGGCAUCCAUGGAGUCAUGAUAUGAACACACCUAAGAGUGCUAGAUGCUUCUGAGCUCCCCCAUCACCUCACAGCUUUGGAAAGACUCGAAGAAGGAAGGUGCCGGAGUGGAGGACUCUGAGAACAAUCUCCUUCCCCUUGGCCUUGACUUUUCUGUUCACCAUCCACAAUGGAGACACUCUCCCAAGAUUCGUUGCUGGAAUGUCAGAUCUGUUUCAAUUAUUACAGCCCCCGGCGAAGGCCCAAGUUGCUGGAUUGCAAACACACCUGCUGCUCGGUGUGCCUCCAGCAGAUGAGGACGAGCCAGAAGGAUGUGAGGUGCCCCUGGUGCCGGGGCAUCACCAAGCUGCCCCCGGGCUUCUCCGUGUCGCAGCUCCCCGAUGACCCCGAGGUCCUUGCUGUCAUUGCCAUCCCGCAUGCCUCCGAGCACACCCCAGUCUUCAUCAAACUUCCCAGCAAUGGGUGCUACAUGCUGCCCCUGCCCAUCUCCAAGGAGCGAGCGCUGUUGCCCGGAGACAUGGGCUGCCGCCUGCUGCCUGGGAGCCAGCAGAAGUCUGUCACCGUGGUGACCAUCCCUGCCGAACAGCAGCCUCUGCAAGGCGGGGCUCCCCAGGAGGCAGCGGAGGAGGAGCAAGACAGGCGGGGUGUGGUGAAAAGCUCCACCUGGUCUGGGGUGUGCACUGUGAUCUUGGUGGCCUGCGUCCUGGUCUUCCUUCUCGGCAUCGUGCUCCACAACAUGUCCUGCAUUUCUAAGCGCUUCACUGUGAUAUCCUGUGGCUGAAGAGGGCUGCAGGGAGUCUCUUGUGGGUGCCAACUAGGGGUUGAGCAGAUGUUGGUGAUGGGAUCAUGAUGAGAAGAUGGGGAGCGAUGCUGAUCAUUUGGUGCCGAGCACUGGCCUCUGGGCUGCCAUUUGAUUAUCCGAAGACUGACAUGAAGGGCAGAGUGUGAGGUCUCAACAAGACGCCACCCAGAUCGCUCUGAGUAUUGAUGGCGACGGCUUUGAAGACGAUUGCAUGCAUCCUCAUAAUCAUUUAUUAAAUGGAUUGUAAUUUAUGAUUUUUCAAAAUCAUGUUACAAGAUAGACAUACUCUACUUAGAUGUUAAACUGUGCCAGUGCAUACAAUGUGAUCUUCUCUAAAUGUGGUAGAUUCAAACAAAGAUGCUAUGUGUACAAGUAGAAUUAAACCUGAGAAUCCAAGUAAAAAUUCAGCGGUGACAUGCAGUGCUGGUUUCUUUCCUUUUUUUAAAACAAAACCUAGUCUUCAUUUAGUUGCUAAGGCUUUUUAUACUUUUUGAAUGGCACCCAAAUUAAAGUAAGUUAAGCAGGCAGUCGUUUUUUGAAGAAAAUAUUUGAACAAGUGUUUCCAGUGUGUUGUGUUUUGUCAGGUAUCUUCAUUUUUCUUCCCCUUGUAAUUAGAGCUUGCUACGUGUUUAUUAAACUGAACGCCCAACAGGGGAGCAAUAAACUGAGUAAUAAUGAGAAAUGCCUAACCCCACAGGAAACCUGUAGGCCAAUUUUUCUCAAGCCAUCUCACAAAAUAAGAAUUUUAGAUGUAAAUAUUGUGUAUUUGUGUGUAUAUGUGUGUGUGUGUGUAAUUGAUUUACCUCAGGUUUUGAAUCUUUUCAGAAGAAUCCCAGGGGUAAGACUUUGUGGGUGCAAAUGAGUCCAGGGUCCAAAAUGGUGGCUGCCUCAUGGGCACCAAGACACUCCCAGUGAGGUGUCACAUAUAUGUCACUUCCGACACUUGCUCCUCUUCUGUGCAUUCAAGUCCUGUAUUCUAUGAGGCACAAUUAGAGACUAACAGAAGAAUCUAUCUUGUCUCCCAGGUUUGGGGUAUUAUAAUAGCCUUGAGUGUUGUUAAUGGAUGACAAACCUGGACUGGCAUUUUAAUAGACAGUCCGUGAUUAUGUUUUGAAAGAUAUUUUUCCAUGAAAGUUAAACCGUUUAGAAUUCCAGUUUCCUUUUGUUGGUAUGAGUGAGAAAAUCUCUUGUAUUUCAAAAUAUGUUUUUAUUGAGAAAAGUGGUGAGAUAAACUAACAAGUUACAUUCCCAAUUUAAGUGGACCAGUUCAUCAUCAAUUCUCAGAUAUCCUUAAAUGUGUAAUGGUCUAUAGAUGCUCGUGAAGCAAGAUCUGCUGGUCUCAGAUGGUAAAUUCCUCUGCUGGGAUGUGUGUGCAUUCUGAGAUAGCUGUGAGCUUUACAGUUCUCUUCUAAUUUCUUUUAUGGAGUUCGUGAAGCAAGCGAUAUGUGACAAGGACUCCUCUCAUAAAUAUAUCUGUUUAUGUUCCAUUGAAUCCUUGAAAAUAGGGGGAGGGAAAGAUGAGCACUGACGCUUCCAAAAAGCAAGGCUAGACAUAACCUGUAACACUGAGACAAUUUAAUUUACUUAUAUGCUGUUACCUUCAAGCAGCACACAAUAUGCACAUUAAGUGAUGGAAUAAAUGGGAGAUAAAAUGACAAUAGAAUACCUAGAAUCCAAGGCUAACACUGUUCUUUGGUGUGAGGAUUUGAUAUAAAAAUAUGAACUCAGAUUUUUCAGAUCUUUCAAAUUUGUCGUAAGACCUUUAGGAAAUGUCUUUGAAAGCUCAAAGUAGAAAUUAGGUUAAAAUGCCAUUUUAUUGUGUAAGCUAUUGGGCAUUAUACAACGAAUAAUCUAGGAUUUAUUUGGUAUUAAUAAUUUAGGUAUCAUAUUAGCUGAAUACUAUCCUCUAUUAUGUAACAUAAUAUAUUGUUGGGUUAGUGUCAAUUUCUCAGACUCUCCAGGCUGCCGUAAUGCAUGUCUGACCUAAUUUCUAUUCCUCUUGGGGAAAAAAAACCCCACAGAAAUGUUGCAUUAAGAAUGCUGCAUUUCAAAUGGACUUUACCCUUGUAAUUUUAAGCCAUGCCACAUUCCAAUUAGUUUUGUGGAUGAUAUCUACAUACAUUUAUGUACAGUAUGAAAUGACUGGCUCUGUAGUGUAGUGUGUGAUAGAGUUCUACAUGUUAAGUAGGUUACAUAUAGACACUAAUGUGUGUGAGGAUACAGCACCUGUAUUUUUUAGUGGGAAACCAUGGGGUAAAAAUGCCCAUGUAACUUUUACUUCAGAAUAACCCCAUGCUAGAGCCAUGAUUAAGCAGUGCAAAAUUAAUCAUCUCUCUGAUAGAUUCUUGACUUUACAAUUUAAAAAAACAAUAACGACCCAAGUCAGAAUUUUUUGUGUGAAUCUUACUGACAUAAGAAACAUUGUUUGAAUGGAUUCUGCCUGCAGUUAUUAGUCUAUUUGCUUGUUAGGGUGUGCAUUCACGCACGUGUGUGUGUGUAUGUGUGUGAUGUCUCAGCCUGCCAGAUAGAAUUUUUAUAGAUUUAAUGAUGUUUUAAUGUUAUUUGUCAUCCCCUUGCUCUGGUCUUUUCUGGCAUUUACCCAUGACACUAACAACUCCUCUACUCCAUGUGACUAAAGUCCAGUAACACAAUCAGCCAGAAUUCACAGUUGCACGUCCGUGAAAAAAAAUCACAACUGAAAGCACAGAAAGUUAGAGCUGGAAGCAACCUCUGGUGGCUUCAUUUUAUGGAUGAGUCCACUGAGGGCCACAGAGGUGUGUGGGAGCUAGUGAUUUUGGAGCCAAAGGGAGACAGCAACGUUUACACUGCAGGCUCCUCUCGCUCCUUCGUAGGCCUGUCAACAUCUCUGUUGGCCUCUGAUCCUUUUCAGGGUGGGUGAUACCCUUUACUAACUCAACUAUUGCUUUAAGUUUUUUUGUUGUUGUUGUAAAUUUAUGUAUUCGUUUCAGUUAGCAUCUACCUCUAUGGGAAAUGAAAGGAGGGUUGAUUUAAGGAAGAGCAUAGACAUUCAAAGAAAACCAUGUGAUUUGAAUUUUUUAAAUUGCAAACUGUUGGUUUCCCCCUCCUCCUCUUAUAUGUAAAGGACAGUGAGUGUUGUGUAAAUAGUAAACUAUAAGAAGCAUGAAUUUUCGUCUUUAUUAAUGAUCUGGACAUAAGAGAAUGCUUAAUAUGUUAAGUAGAGCCAAGUAUGCUAUAAAAAGCAUUGUCUUUGGAAAAUUUUUGUAUAAUGACCUGGGGCAUAAGUUGUGAUGAAAGGCAGAUAGCUUCUCAGUUCCAGUCAUACUUUAUGAUCAGAAAGCUAUAAGGCAUUUUCCUUAAGAGUAUAAUUAAGUUUAAUCUUGCACAUGACUUAAGAGCAGGUCCCCUGGAGGUUGAACCUUGUGCUAGUGCAGCCCUUGGGAUUGGUGCUUCUGGAUUGGUGCUGUUCAACAGAACCUUCUCUGAUGAUGAAAUGUUCUAUGACCUAUGCUGUCCAAUACAAUAGCCGCUAGCCACAUUGGCUAUUGGGCAAUUGAAGUGGGGUUAAUAUGACUGAGAAACUGGAUUUUGUAUUUUAUUUAAGUUAUUUAAGUUUAGUCACUCACAUCUGGCUAGUGGCUAUCAUAUUGAACACUGUGGUUCUGGAUGAUUGUGCAUUGGGAUCUAGCAUCCAAGUGUUAAUGGAGUAACAGAGUAAGGCUAAGAAGACAGUUUGUGGUUUAGUAACAUGGAACUGGCUAAAAAGAAAAUUCCUUUCUAGGCUUAAAAAGUAUAUGAUCUCAAGUAUGACAGUAAAAAUUCACUGAUUGCCCUUUGAGUUUAUUACUUAGAUAAUUUGGGCCAAGGAAGGAUCAGUGAAGCUUCAAGAGUGCUUUAUGAAGCCCCUUUUCUGGGAUCAUUAGCUGCAUGUGAAUCUCUUGUCCAAAAAUAGUAGUUGACAGUAGCUGUAAAACAUUUGACUUGCAAGCUAUGCAUGACCUGUACUGUGAAAUUGUGUUUAGGGUCUUGUGGCCCGAAAGUAAAUGUUACAGAAAAAAAAAAAAAAGCCUAAUGAAAUCUGUCUUCACUUUCAACAUCUUACCCAGAUGUCAUUGCUGCAUUAGUGAGGUGUGCAAUAUAAGGGCAAGCACAUUUUGCAGUGUUCAUAGAAAGUGUUUUGGUUUGCCCUGAAGUCUGCCAGCUUGUUGUAUUUGGUGUGGGUAUAUGUGGGCAUCAUUUUUCAGAUGCCAGGCUAAAACAUUGGUACUAUUUUUAGAGUGAGAUUUGACAUUGUUUUAGUCUUGUUUGGGUUUUUAUUUUAGUUAUCACUGAAAAAAUUGGAGAUUUGAAGCCUUGCACAAAGGCACUUUUUUUUUUUUUAGCAUUAAAAAACAUUGCCCAUGGAAUUUGCAGACUUGGGGGUUAUCAAAGUUACUAAAAUUGCUUUCUAAGUGAGGGAAAGGAAGCAGAAAACUCAGUUUGAGAUGUAUUUUCAUAGAAAGAUGAGACUCCUCUUGAUAGCCCAGUAUUUAUUCUAGUCUAGAUUUUGAUUUGAAGAGUUCCUGUUGUUUUAUUUGAAAACCUAUACUGUGUCAAAAUUGGUUAGUCUGCUUUUUAUUGUUUCUGAAUGUAAUGUAAACCAAAUACAUGUGCUUCACUUUAGCAGAGUUAGGUUGAUUUUUUUUCUAGAACUCAUCAAUGGGCAUAACUGUUCUUUCUAGCUUGUCUUUAAAAAUUAUUUAAAUGUUUUUGCUGAAAUGGUCAUUUUUCUUUAAACUUAAGAGGAAGUUAGAGAUCCAGAGGUUACUGCUAUGAGAGAAGUGAUAGGCAAAAGGCUUGAAUUUCUAGCUUCUCUUAGAAAAAUGCUGCCAACCAGUCAGCAUUUUGUUUCCAUAUAAGAAGUGUCGUCAGUCAGUUGCUCUGUCAUCCUUGACCUAGAAGGAGAGGCUGUUCCUUGUCAUUUCCAUCAUUCUCAGUAAAAUGUCACCCACAAGGUAAUCCUUACCAAAACAGAGACUCCAAAGAAGAAAGAGAUAGUCAAGAUAAUUCAGUAACUUUUGAAAGUAAUAAUCUAUUUCAAAAGCAAUGAUGAUCAGUUGCUAAAUUUUGUUUGACAUGAAAUACUUCUAAAAAAUAAGUGGAAAUUCAAGCCAUUGAUUUUUCUGACACAAUUGAUUCACUAUAUAUAGGUAUAUAUCUAUACCUAUCUAUAUAGAUAUAUAUCUGUAUAGGUAUAGAUAUAUAUAUGUAGAUACACACACACAUGAUUUAGCUAUAAUAGGAGUUAAAAAAAAUCAAGUAAAAAAUGUUGUUAGUCAUGUUUUCCAGUUUGUGGAUUAUACAAUGUUGAAUUUAGAUGUUAAUAUCUUAACAAAUGCUAUUGGCUAUAUGCAUUACGUCAAACCAACUACCUUUGGGAGUGUCUAUAUAACUAAACUCUUGAAACUUUUCAAAUAUAUGAAGAGGUGGCGUCUACUGUGUAUGUUUCAUUGGAAAGCCAUUGAUCAUUAAGCAGGUGGGGCAUUUAAUUUCUCUCUCUCUCAAAUAGCAUUUUUUGGCUCUGCUCAAGUGGUCAUGGGUGGAGCACCAUUAUUCCUGAACUCUUGCAAUAUGGCUCUGAUUUUUCUGCACAAGUUUCCUCGCACAGUUGGGCCAAUGAUUUUUUUUUUUCAGGAUUCACUGCCUGGGGUAUCCCACUAUGUAUAUCUCACUUAUGAUGUAGUGGUGCUUGAAAACACUCAUCUCGUUAGCUGGACUUUAUUGUUCUAGUCUAAGGUUUUUGAUACUAUUCAUAUUAUGAUCUUUCUAGGGACAAUCAGUAAUAUUUGGGGCAAAGUACUGAUGGGUCCCUUGAGGUCUGCAAUAGCAUGUAUUUUCUUUGUUUUUCUGGGGGUGUUCUCGUAUAGCUGUCCCUGUUCUUCUAGAACAUUAAUUUAAAUUCAUCACCACGGGAUGCAGGGCUAGUAGCCCAUGUAAAAGUCUUCUGUAGUCUCCCUGGGGUGUGAGUUAUUGGGUUAUUCUAACAAGAGUUUUCCAAAGGGAUGCUCAAUUUUUAAUUUGACAUUGCUUUUUGAGAAUCCAGAAGCAGACAGUUGGAUAUGAUGAUGGUGAAGGCACAUGGGCUGUAAGAAGAAGGAAAUGGAUGAGGCAAAUGCCCCUUUCAGGGGAACAGUUAAUAUCUAUGUCAUCUCUGUUUAAAUAGCAGGAGAAGAGUGUAGCAGGUAUCUUACCCUGUGCUUCAGGAAAUUCCUGGUUGGAUUUUCCUGGCUGAGAGACAACUGAACUAUUAAAUAGAUCCUGUUUGGGAGGGGUGGAGAGGUGGCCUUGGGUCUGUAGCAACAGAGAGGCAGAUAUACCCAGAGAGUGAGAAAAUACUUGCAUAAAGGGAGAGGAAGUCCGUAAUGGACUUAGAGCUCCAAACAAAAUAUAUAGGAGCUAAAGGUCAGUUGUGGCAGAAACCAGCUAAAGAAAGAAACACAAAACAACUAGGGAUAACUUAGCCAAACACAGUCUGUCAUUCCAGCAUGGCUACCAAAUUCAAUUCAGGAUGUUUCAGUUGAAGACAUAUAGGGAAUGUGCUCAGCUGAUGAGAGGAUCCACGGAGGCCCCAUUGGGUUGUUAGCACACUAGACAAUUUCAGAGCCUCUAGAGCUCAUUGCUGAGUCAUUAGAGAUAAAUGCUAAUAACAUCCUCUUCACUGUGAAAUGCAGUGUCUGUGCCUGUGGAUGUAUCCUGACUUGAAUAGGUUAAUACCAUUGGGAAGACUUAUUCAAGAAUAUUUUGGUUUCUAUCCUGGUGGUUGUCAUUUAUUAUAUUUUUUUAUUCCACCACGUGUUCCUGUCUGUCUCACUUGACUGUUGCAGGUGAGGAAGCUGGUUUCAGCUUGGGGUGGUUACAAACUCCCAACAUAAGCCAUGCAGCUGCUGCUCAGGGUUCCUGCCAGUCUUUCGGCUCCACUGGUGGGUUCCCUGGCCCUCUUGAUAACUAAUACUCCAGUCAAAUGGCUAGAUGAAUGCUGCUCAGAGGCUGUUAACUCAAGUCCUUGACAUGUUUCAUUUACAAUUAUGUGGAUUAUUUAUUUUAGGAGCUUUUCUUUUAAAGGGCCAAAUAGCCCCACAGAUAAAUGAGCUGCUGGGCUGUGUAGAAAAUAUUGUCCAAAUGUUGCCAAAUAUUGACGUUGUAAAGAGGAUAUCAAGCUGCUGUUUAUAAAUCAGAAUGUCUUAAAAGCAUUCUUGCUUGCUCUCUGUUGUAGAUGGUGUCUUAGUAAGUCUUGAGUUUUUCCAAUGAACCCAAUUUUAAUAUAUGGUAUUUUUGUAUGCCAAACUGACGUCUUGUCCUUUGUAUAUGUGGUAAUGUUGAUUUUAUGACUACUGUUAAAACACAUUUGCUAUGAUUAAAAUUCAUAAAAUGAUUUCAAAUAGA